UGUAGUGCAGGCAUAUGAUCGAGAAAAGUACUUUUAAAUCGAAGUUUUUAUAAUCUGCAGGAUGUCUCGAGCGCAGGCCGAGAGCGUUAUUAAGACUAUAAUCCGUGACAUAGCGGAGCAGUGCUACAGGCGCGGCCAGACUGUGUCUGAGACCCUCAUCGCCUUCAUGGUUAAAGCUGUUGUCUUAGACCCCAGGAACAUGUUUAUCGUCGACCGGGCUCUGACCCUGCAGGACAUGGAGAAACUGGUCGAGCUGUGUGUGAAGCGACUGCUGGAUCACAACAGUCCUGCUUUGGACACCAUUAAAAUGCAGGUUCACUUCGAUAUGAAUUACACAUCUCGACGUGAGUUUGUGGAGGAGCACCAGAAGGUGGUUCAGAUGCGUCUAAAUCCCGUUCGCCGGGAAAUCACGGACAGCAGUGCCAAGAGACGAGAGGAACUGGACGCUCUUUACGGCAGGAUCGUCACCUACAUGCUCUUGCGUUCCGGCCUCGGCUCGCCAUCCGACCCGAACAACAUACAAGAAGCAACAGCCGCUUUGCAGAGCGUGUUCCCAUCAUCAGAGCUGGCCGCCUUCAUGUCCCUGCUCAAACAAGAUAAAGAACAGCAGCUGAAAGAGCUGACCACGAUCGUGACCGGGAUUCGCCUCUUCAACAAGGACAGAGGGAAAGGAGGAGAGAGCAUCGACAACCUGCUGGCCGUCCUGAACACCGCUCUUCCUGCUGCCAGCAAAGAUGUAGAGCGUGAACUGGAAGGGACGCAGCAUCUCACCUGGCGCUACACCACCCUGCUGGAGAAAGGCUCCGCACCCGACACUGAUCCCAAGCUAAAAAGGGACUUGCUCAUGCAGGCUCUGUACAAUUUACGCCAACAUGAAACCUUUCUCAAGAUCAUACUAGCAGACGUGAUCACAUCUGCACAGAAAGUGGAGGCUCUUCAAACUGACCUUAUAUCUAGGAUGAGGGUGCUGAAUGCCACAGUUCAUGAAAAAACUGCUGUACCAUCCUCCCAAGUUUUCCCUCACUUCACCGCCUUGGCCAAGCUGUGGGCGGGACUUCAGAAUGAGAUGUUCCUGUUGAACAUGCUCAGGAAAGCGGCGCUGAGCCUAAGGCCAUUCCUCUCGGCUCAAUCCGAACUGCUAAACAAGGAACAGCUGGAUCAGAUGCUCCAGGGGGAGGUAAUCAAAUCUGAUGCAGAGAGAGUCGCCGAGAGCUCGGAGGAUCGAGUCGAUCCGGUGGAGAUGAAGUCGUACGAGUGGAUUCUGCCCGAGACCACAGCUAACUUUGAGCAGCUCCCCCUGCAGUACAGGGGUGUGUGUGGAUACACUCUUAUCGAGAAGAAUGGCCUCUUGCUUCCAGGAAAUCCCAACAUUGGCAUCCUGAAGCACAAGGAGAAAUACUACAGCUUCACCUCCAAACAGGCUGCAUAUCAGUUCGCCUCAAAAGCAGAUGAGUACAUUGAGCAGAUAACAGAAAACGCAAAGAGAUCUCCGGAGCUGAUUCAGCUGCUAGAGCUUCAUCAGCAGUUUGCCACAGUCACUCAGCACUCUCAGAUGCAAUCAAGUGAAAGACUGUUGGUGAAACCCAUCAGCAAAAGUGACAGCAGCACACAGACGGACACACACCUGAUGGAGAGCAAUAUCAUGAAAUCUUACGAGUGGAAUGAGUGGGAGUUGAGACGCAAAGCCAUCAAACUGGCCAAUCUGCGCAGUAAAGUAACCCACUCGAUGCAGACAGACGUGAGCUACUUGAAGAGAGACAACAACACCCAGACGUUCGCCCCUAAAUACGCUGCCUGCCAGACGAAGAGAGAUGGCCAGAGCAGCGUCCCAAAACCUCAGAUCUACCUGACUGGGCUGAGAGGAGGACCGAGUCAAACCACUCAAAUGACAAAAAUAGAUUUAACUCUGUCAGAAGAGAUAAAUGCGGGCACAGCAACAGACACAGAACGACAACAACAACAGUAAACUUAACAAAUGUGAGACUGAACUUAGAACUAUAUGUAAAUAUAGCUAUAUAUAUAGAGUAUAUUUACACACACACACACACACCUAUAAAAAUGUUUGGGUGAGGCCAAUUGGAACAUGGUAAAGAGAUGCAUUCUAAGAGAAUAGAGUCUGAGACAAAUUUCAAAUAAAAGUCCAAACACAGAAUCCAUGGAAAAUGGGGAUCAUGGAUCAGUGAAGGAAUCUUUUUAAAGAAAGACUGUACUCAAAACAUCAGGCCAGAAAGAUGAGGGAGAGUGAGACUUAUAUGUGGCAAUAAACUGGAUGCAAAUGACUAUAAAACAAGACCCAAGAAACAAGAAAGUCCAUAGGUUUAAGGCACCCUCCAGGGGUUAUCCUUGACAUAGUCCCUUUCAAGAAGGUGGUCCAAGAUAACCCCCCGAAAAUCUUUUAGCCUACCUCAAGCCUGUCAUACAGGGCAUUGGGACUGGGGUUUGGCAUGGUGGCUAUGAUUUAAACAGGCCUGGAUAUGUGACUAAGACGGAAACUUGGGACAGGGACAGAGCUGUGGCUUGGCACAAAAACAGACCUGGUUCUUGUUAAAGGGAUAAAGCUUGGAAUCCUUGAACCUGGUUGGCAGAACUAACACAAUGGGUAGUGGAUCAAGGAAAGUCUUAAUCACAAUAUCUAGUCUUCUUGAAACUGGACACUUGGGCAAGCAUGAUGUCUUCACAGCCAGAUGGCAGAAGCCAGCCAAGGCUCUUAAAUUCAGCCAGUGAAAACAGCAGCAUAUCCUUGGUGCCAGAGAACGCUGCUGAGCUAGGUGAAUAGGGUGUAGUAUUUGGGCACAACUCAGGCGAAACAGGGCAUGGCUGAUGGGGUGCAGAGCAAUGCUUAGGCGGGGACAGAGUUAGGAUAUAAGACAGAACUAUCAGACAUUUCAGAGGACAGGGCUAUCAGAUCUAUGAAGACAGAACAGAGCUUGCUUUCUGUCAGAGAAAGGGAUAAAUGCAGACAUAGCAUAUUCACAGAUGUGAAUAAAAAUAAAUAUAAACAAAAACAAUAACAAGUACAGUUGCAAAGCAAUAAUGUCCAGGCCCAAGCACCUGUGCCAUCACCACCUGGGCAGAAAUAAUAACCACAGAAAAACAACAUUAAGCGUAACAGUUGUAAGUUAAAGUCUAAACAGUUGUGAGACUAAAUGACUGAACCUAGAGCUAUAAACAGUACACAAACAAAACUAAACAAGUUUCAGCUGAGGCCAACUGAAACAAAAAACAGAAGUGAAUUCUGGGAGCUCCAAGAUAAAGUCCAAAGUAAAAGUCCAACGCAGUACUAGAUAGUAGUGAGGUAUCUAGUACUGUGUUUAACUGACAUGUUUAAUAAUGGUUACUGUAAUGUAACUGAAAGCAAUAAAAAAUGGGUAAAAUGCCUGAUGUGAUGUCCAUCAAUGUAAAUGUGGGAGAAUUAAUAUGCACUGUAAAACAUCAUCAGAAAUGUUAAAAGGUCUGGCAGAAAUGGUGGCAAACAAUUACAGUUUAAUCACAGUAAAAUACCAAAGGUUUUU